GUUUGAAUAGUACGAAUAUAAACUCGUUUUUGAGCACACCCCUGAGAAGUCAUACGUGGAUCUUACGGUUUUCCAGCAACUAGGCAGGCGUAAAUAGUUUUGAAUUCUCGUACUACAGCAGACUAUAAGUUAGGCUGCGCAGGCGAGACUUGUCACGGACUAACACGCUUUUCCUAUUUGGUUUGUUUUCUUGGGAUUUUUAAAGUAAACGGCAUACAUGUAUCGCAACUACGGAAACUUUGGGCGAGGAACGGAUCAGAAUUUCCCUGACAACAGUUCUGGACCUGGGGCGAGUUCUGCCAGCGGCACACAAGCUACCGGCACCGGCACGACUCAGCAUCCAGAGCCAAAGUACUCAAUAGCAGGAUCCAGUCAGUUUGUCCCCACUCUAAAUGCCAUAACUUCAAACCAAGACCUACAGUGGCUGGUGCAGCCCUCUGUUUUUCCAAUGGCAGGCCCAUCAAAGCAACCUCCUCGUCACCCUUACCCCCUGCCGCCAACACUGGCAUCUGUGAACCCUCAGCCCAGUCAGUCACAUGUUCUUCGACCAGCGAUCAUCAGGCCUGUAACAGCCUCAGGAAGCUCUACCAGACGCAGAAAUGAUGAUCAUUUAUCAAUGGAAGAAAUGGAAAGGCGCAGAAUUAGAAGGGAACGAAACAAACUGGCUGCUGCUAAGUGUAGGACCCGUCGGCGUGAACUGACAGACUCACUUCAGAAUGAGACUGACCAGUUGGAAGACAAAAAGGCCUGCCUGCAGAAAGAGAUUGCUGAGCUACAGAAGCAAAAAGAGAAACUUGAACUGGUUCUUGAGGCCCACCGACCCAUCUGCAAAGUCCAGGACUCUGAUUCAGACUCUGAGUCUAAUCCUGUUCUUCCUACCCUGUGCGGAAUUAAAAUUGAGCCAGUAGAUUCUGAAAUUCCUGGACCCUCUCAAAAACGCAAAAUUCCCAGCAAACAAGAGAAGCCAAAGCCAAAAAUCAUCAUUCCACCUCCAUCUUCAACCUCUUCUUUCAGUAUGAAUCCAGAGUCAGAUUCCCUGCACACUCCGGUCCUCAUUUCCACGCCGUCUCUGACUCCGUUCACUUCUAGCCUGAUCUUCACAUAUCCUACUGCCUCUCUGGACACAAGUACUCCUACUUCGUCACAAACACUGAGCCUGUCGUCCUCCUAUACUAGUCAGUAUGGUACAUCCCAACCUUCCCAGAUCCCAGAGCCGUGUGGUGUUGCCCAUCGUCGUAGCAGUAGCAGCGGGGACCAGUCAGAUCAAUCCCUCAACUCCCCUACCAUCCUGACCAUGUAAUCUGUUUUACCUCAUGAGAAACAAGUGCUCUGAAAGUUCACAGAUGUGUAGAAUACUAGGUCAGACAAACCUGUAUGUUUAGCACUGUGUCUUCUUAUACACAAGGUCUGUUAAAACCUUGAACAGCUAAAGUUUCCUGGCCUCCUAAAGUGGUUCCCCUCAGAAGUCCCUCUGAUGGAGAAACACAUUGUAGUCAGAAUCCAAUCCAAUAAACCCUCAAAUGCAGAUUUAUUCAGUGUAGCUUUAACGCUCAUACUGAGCAUUUAAAUAAGAACAAAUCAGUAAUUCUGCAGAGCACAAUAUAGUGUUUCAUAUAUUCUAUUAAAAGUUAAACAUUUGUUAUGAAAACCAUAACUAAGAGCUAUGAACUAUGAUAUGAACUACAUUGUAUACUGAAAAGUAUUUACUUACAAUUUAUACUUUAUACAAAACUUUUUUUUAUUAGAACUUAUCAGGAAUUAUUAACUGACUACAUACUGAAGAAUGUGCAUGGAAGCCUCACACUGUGUUUGGAAAAACACUACUUCAUUAUUAUUGACAAAUUGUAUAACUUUAUUCUAUGCAAUCCAUGUCUAAUGUCUAUGUCUAAUGUCAUUGUUAUGUGUUUUUACAUGGUACAAUGUUUUAAGCUAUUUUGUUACAUCAUGUCCAGUUUGAUAUAUUUGUUAAUUUUGAUUCAUGUGAAGAUCUUAUAUUACAAUUGUGAAAGAUUUCAGUAAAAAUUCAGUUACACUGA